AUGAUUCAAGAAAUAAAACGUGUAUACAUUGGUGGAUUAUUCAAGGGUAUCAUUGAGGAGGAUAUCGCUAAUCGAUUACGUCCCUUUGGAUCGAUAAGUAAUGUAGACAUUAUCUAUCAACAGGAGACUGGUGAAAGUCGUGGCUUUGCAUACGUUACAAUAAAGACGACUCCAACUUUGUGGAGAAAAUGCGUCUCGACACUCAACGGUACAAUUUGGAAGGGUAUGAAAUUACGGAUAGAAGUCGCCAAACCCGAUUACAAACAGCGUCUGCAGGAUCAAUGGGAGCAGGAACGUCAACUGGCCGAGUCUCACGUAUCAGGUGCACGUAUGUCGAAGAAGAGAAAACAAGAUACGGUUAUUUUGGCAGAUAAUAUGAGUUUGGUUACUGACAAGAAUGUCAAUGGACGUAAGGGAUGGAAAAAAGUACGAUACGGAAGAGCAGUUGCUGUUAUGCGGCUUCGCAAGGAUGAUGGAACAAAGUUUGUGUUUAACCCGCAGCAUUAUCAAAACAAUCUCAAACGGUUUACUGAACGUGAUUUGGAACUAUUGAAACAGACGCCGUCUGACACAUCGCCGUCGCUAACGCGUGAAGUCGAUGAUAAGCAUGAUGAUGGAUUGAGAUCGAAAUUUAUGGACUAUAAUGACAGCAUGGCAAACUUAGGGUUAUCACAAUCAUCGUCAGUAGUAGACGGAUUAAACCAAUUAACCUUGGGUAAAGAGGUUAAUAAAAAAUAUCAGCAUAUAAUGGCUAAGCAGGAACGGUCCAAUCGACAAAGACUUGAAGCGAUUGAAAAACGUCUGAACAACUACGUAAAAUACACAGACGAAGAAGAAAGUGGAGAUAAAUUGUCCCUGUUUGCAUCAGAUGACGACAGUAACUAUUCCGACCAUAACAGUGGGGAGAAUUGUUUGUUUGGAAAAAUAGACAUAAACCCUGUAUUUGAAGGUGCAUCUGGUCGUAAGAGGCUUCAGUUACAAUCUCAGUUCCAUGGUGAUCGCCGUUUCAAUUUGACUGAAGAUUUCAUGAGCGAUAGUGAUGAAGACGCGCAAAUUGCACGGACAAACGAAACCAGUAAUAAGAAUGACAUAAAUGAAGACGAGGAAUUUGAUGACGAAAUAUCACGGGCACUAAGUGAAGAAAAGGCAAAUCACAUGAAUAUACUCAAAUCAAUGUUUGGUAACGGAAUACUCAACAAAACUACCAGAAAAAAAGCUCCCGAAUGGAAAGAAAUACAAAGAUUUGAUCCUGAGGCACCCAAUGGUGAUUUGGAGAUAGUACAAGACGUUGAAGACUUUUCCACGAAGAAUUUAGCAACGUCUAUGUCUGUGGUACCAAAGGACGUGCGAAUCGAGAUAAAGGCUGAUCUAAAGCGGUUGUUCACGCCAAAUGCAGUGAAAU